CAAUGUUUUCAGUAUGUGUAUCACUUCGAACCUAGCACGUUUCGGAUAUACUAGCUUUUACUACUGAAAAAAACUUACACAGUGCAUGACACGAACUUAUGGAUCUUUAAAUACAGUUAAAUUAUCAACAUUUCACAUUAUCAGAAAAAACUCACGCUGAACAUUCGACCACGUGGGUUUGCAUGAACCGAAAAACAAGGUUUAACUACUCCAAAGCCGGAAAAACAUCACACUAUCAGCUUAGAGAGUUUUUAUUAUUUCUCAAAAAAAAUCAACCCAGUUGAGACGAAUUUUUUAAAGAAAAAAAAAUCAAUUUUUUUAGGAAGAAUUAUGAAUUAGAAAUUUAAGGAAGUAUCAAAUUUCCUUUACUUUGAAGAUGAAAACAUUAUUUUAAUAAACAAAUAAAAAGUUUGUUGAACAAGUAAAUUGUGAUAAUUAAAAAAAAGGAGAACAUUUUAUGUUGUCUAAUUAGACUGCAAGGAAAAAUAGUCUGUAUUUGGAGGCUGUGAAUUAAAAAACAAAAAAAAUUUGUUUUAUUUAAAAAUUAUGGCAAACGAUGAACCCAAGUCGAAGAAAUUUAAACAUUCCGUUAUUUCGGAGCAUAUAUACGACAUUAAUUUUCAAGAACAAUUUUUCAAUAAUUGGCACAAUUAUACGGCUGUGAAAACUGAUAAUCUCGAAAUAAUACCAAAACCAUUUCGAGUGUGCAAAAUUUCCAAUUUUUUGAAGAACGAUGAACUAAUGGAUGAGAUAAAAAGUGAACUGUGGAACGUAAAAACUCGAAGAAAUAGUAUUGAUCUCUAUCAAUUUGAGCAAUCGAGUGACCUUGCAGAUGUAAUGAGUAAACAUUUAAAAAAUCUCUUUGCCACUUUUCAAACUGACUUGUCAACAUGGAUGAAGCGUAACACGAGAAUUGAACUGAACAAGAAAAUAUCAAUUUCCAGUGCCUGUUAUUCAGACACGGAUUAUUUAUUAUGUCACGACGACAAUAUGGGCGAUCGGAGAAUUGCCUUCAUUCUCUACCUGUCGAAAAAUUGGGAGGCAAGUGACGGCGGUGCUUUGGAACUGUUCGACACCGACGAAAGUGGUUGGCCAAGGAACGUUGUAAGAUCCCUUCUUCCCGAAUACAAUUCCCUACUUUUCUUUGAGGUCACGGAAAAUUCAUAUCAUCAAGUAGCCGAGGUUGUGUCGCCCGACAAGAGUCGAUGGAGUAUAAGCGGAUGGUUUCAUGGACCGCUCAUUGAAAAAGAACGACCAGCGAGGCCAAUUUUCGACUCCGAUCCAAUUGAUCCCGAAAAUACCGAAUACGAUCUAAAGCAAUGGAUACGAUUAUCAUAUCUUUCUCCCGAAACAAUCAAAGAGAUUAACAUAAAAGUUGAAUACGAAUCGUGCGCAUUUCUCUCUGAAUUUCUCCUAUUGGAAAUUUAUGAAAAGCUCUCCCAAGAAGUCAACAGCGAUAAUAUUAAAUGGAAAAAAGUCGGACCGGCCGAUCAACGAAAUUAUGAAAUCGCCGACGAGGAGACAUUACCUGAAACAUUGAAAAAAUUUUACAAACUUUUUAAAUCACUCGCAAUGUUUCAGAUGCUGAAGAAAUUCACCGAUUUAGAUUUGGUGCCACUUAAGGAGACAAUGAAACCGAAAAUGCGAAUUGAAUUACAAAGGUGGAAUAUUGGUUGCUAUACUUUAUUAUCUGAUAAUGAAGUCUAUGACAAUUCUGCCAGUACUGAUAAAAAAUCUGUGAUAAAUAAUGAUGAUCGUCAACAAAAUGUUUUAUUGAGACCAAAUAAUUGCCUUGGUGAAACGAUAAAUACACCGCCCAGUAGUGAGGACGAUGUGACGAAUGAUGAAAUUUUAAAUAACACAAAUAAUCCAAAUAUUGCAUCAAGUGCAAUGAAUGAUGAUGAAUCUGAUUCAGGCGAAGCCGAUAUUGAGGAAAAUGAAGACGAGGAAAUGAGACGAAGAAUUUUAAAUCGAAAACCAAAAACAUCAAAGAGAGUGAAAUUGCCCCUAUCUGAUUUUGAAAUGAAACGUGGCACCGAUUCAGAGGAAUCUGAUAUUGACGAUUAUUUAUCAGAUCCAAAAGAAUAUGACGAGGAACAAGAGAACGAUAAUGACAACGAGAUUCUUGGCGGGAGUUUAGAUGUGAUAUUACAAUUCCAUACAAAUAAUGUUCCGGAAAAUUUGUCUAUAGAUUAUGUAUGUCCACGUGAGGAAAGCACAUUAAUUCACGUGCCUGCUAAAGAUAAUUAUUUAUGUUUGGCCUAUAAGAUAAAUGAUACUUGCAGGGUUCACAAUUACGUUAAUCAUUAUUGCAAGGGAUUUUUCUAUAAUUUGUUAUGUACCUAUUAUGAGUAAAAAAAAAUUGGAAACCUCUUUGAGCCUAUUUUCGCUCAUUUUCUGAUUGACUGAUAUGUUUAAGGACAUACUUGCGGAACGAUAUUUUUUCUUUUCUAAUUUUUUUUAGAAACUUUUUUUUGUACAGUUCUGUAAAGUUCAAAAAAAAAAAAAUUGUGUAGCAAAAAAAAAAAGAAUCCAAGCUUUUGUCAAAUCCGUGGAAUGUUUGUCGUGCGAUUGGAAUGUAAUAUAUUAUUUGUAUUAAUAAAUUCAUCAGUAUUUAUGAUCCGUUUAUAA